UGCGCUGGGGGAGCCUGCAGGACCCCGGUGUGAGGCGGGGGCAGGCAGGAGCUCCCCGCUCAGCAGCCAGGACAGGGGCUGUCACAGGGUCGGUGGCUGGUGGCCACGGUGCUGGCCCAGCUUGGACUCCACGAGACCUGGCGUGUGGCUGAGGCUCAGGCUGGCCAUCCGCCUCAGGCAUCUCUGCAGGCCGGGAGCCAGGGCUGCGGCUGUGCCCGCGGCUUCGCACCAGGCCCAGCUUGGCCCCACGCUGUCCCCCGGGCUGUCCCCACCGCGACUCGUGCUGUCCCCAGCGCCAGAGGACGCAUCCCUCCCGUGCUGCACGGGGCUGCUGCAGCGCUCCCCGCUCGUCCCCAGCCCCUGCCCUGGCCCCACAGCUCACCAGCGCCAUGCAGGGCCAGUGCGGGCACCAUGUGGGGUGCGAAGGGGUUAAGGCGCCCGGGGCUGGUCUUCGGGGAAGGAGCAGCUUCUCCUCCCCUCUUCACAUCUGGAUUCAAUAAGGGCUGCGAGAGGCCGGAGCAUUCCUGAGCACUGAGGUGGAGGCUGCACUCUCUGAUGGCCAUGGGGCCCUGGCGCUGCCUGCUCCUCCUGCCGCUCCUCGCCACGGCCCUCCGCGCCCAGCAGCAGCAGUUCAUGGAGUACGUGGAGCGGCGCCUCACCCUCCUGGAGGAGAGGAUCUCACAGUGGCACGACCAGAGCAGCCGCUACUCCACGGAGCUGCGGGACUUCAAGAACCAGGUGCUGGGGAUGCUUGAGACAGCAGAGAAGGAGCGGGAGGCGAUGCGGUCGGAGGCAGAGAGCGCAGCGGUGCGUGUGGACCGCCUGGAGCGUGAGGUGGACUACCUGGAGACACAGAACCCCGCACCACCCUGCGUGGAGGUGGACGAGACCCUGAUGGAGAAGCAGGUGGCCACGGCCAAGCAGAGGAAGAACGAGAAGUACACCAAGCUGACAGACUGCAGUGACACCAUCGCAAGCAUCAGAGCCAUGAAGAUCCUGAAGCGUUUUGGCAGCACCUCAGGGCUCUGGACCAAGGAUGCCGCAGGGAACUCUGAGAAGAUCUACGUUUUUGAUGGCACUGCCAAUGACACGGUGUACGUCUUCCCCCGCAUGCGGGAGUUCACCCUCUUCUCUGCCACCCGCAAAGCCGCCCGCAUCAAGCUGCCCUAUCCCUGGGUGGGCACCGGGCACCUGGUCUAUGAUGGGCAUCUCUACUACAUCCGCCAGCAGGGCCCCUUCCAGGUGAUCAAGUUCAACCUGGCCAACAAGACAGUGGUGGACAGCUCGGUGUUCCCGGCCGAGGAGCAGAUCCCUGUCUUUGGGCUCUCCCCCUUCACCUACAUUGAGGUGUCGGCAGACGAGGAGGGGCUCUGGGCCAUCUACGCCACCAAGGAGGAUGAGAAGAACAUAUGCCUGGCUAAGCUGGACCCCACCUCACUGGACAUCGAGCAGAUGUGGGACACGCCGUGCCCGCGGGAGAACGCCGAGGCCGCCUUCGUGGUGUGCGGGGCACUGCACGUGGUCUACAACACCCCCCUGCCCAGCCGCUCCCGCGUGCAGUGCGUCUUCGACGUCAGCGGCACGCUGGCCCCCGAGGACGCCUCCCUCGUCUACUUCCCCAAGCGCUAUGGCUCCCACUCCAGCAUGAAGUAUAACCCCCGGGAGAGGCAGAUCUACGCCUGGGACGAUGGCUACCAGAUCAUCUACCGCAUGGAGAUGAAGAAGAAGCUGGAGGUCUGAGGGCCAUAGCAGGACGUCCCUGCACGUCCGGCCACUUCGCCUGGGCAAGCAUGGCUCUGCCCAUCCCACCCCACGGGCACAGCCGGCCCCAGCACGGGUCGGCAUCUCUGCCCUGUCUCCCAUCACUGUGAAAUGAUGAAAUGCUGGACCCCCGCCCCUGGCCACUCUCCACCCACCGGCACCAGGCAUCCCUGCCCAGGACCACCCUGCAGGAACCUGGACUAAUUUAAUGAGAUUUUUCUUCUCUGUGAUAUAAUGAAUAAAUACUAUGCAGCGAGCUGCAGCCACCUGCUUGGGGGGAGCAUGGGGUGCUGGGGCCAGGCUGUCAGAGCCAUGAGCUCCACAUCGCCCCAGAGUCACCCCAAAAGACACCUCCCAAGGGUGGGGUGGCCACAGCAGACAGCGCAGGCGGCUCCUCGGGCUGGGGGGCUGGGCGCGGGGGCCGGGCUGGGGGAUCGGGCUGGGCGCUGGGCAGGGGCUGCAGGCAGGGAUUGAAGGCAGGGAUUGAAGCUGGAGCUUCAGGCGGGCGCCUGCUGCACAAGGGGACCUCUGAGCCUGGCCAGGGCCAGCCUGUUUUGCAUGUGCAAAACUGUGAGCAAAUAGCAAAAUCCCUUAAUCUGAGAGGACAAAUGGAGAUUUUCCUCGCGUGCUGGGGGAGGCGUCCUAGCCAGCAGGCACCAGAUGUUGCUGAUUUGCUGAGUUCAUGUCUAAUGAAGCACAGCCAUCUUCCCCCUGCAGCCGCAGCAUUGCCACAAACCCUUUAUGUAAGGCCCUGGGUCCCCUCAGCCCCUUCUUGUCCUUGUGUCACCAGCACCGAGUCCCACACGGCCCCACGACGGCAGCACCCCAGAGAUGGGGUGGGACAGGGCCGGUUCUGGGAGCCCUCGGGAUGGCAGCUCCGGCACUGCCAGGGCUUGAGACACUUGUCCCCGAGGCGGGGGCCAAGGCUGCAGCCGGUGCCUGCUGGGCACGGGCACAGCCCCGUGUGGCCACCAUGCCAUGUCCGUCUUCUUCCAGUCCCCGCUGUGUCACCCAGCAGUGACUGUCCCACAUGCUGCCACUGGCACCACGUCCCUGGAGGGUGCAGGAGUUGACCCAUUUCUGGCCAGAGAUGCCGUGGGCCCUCCAGAAACCUGGAUCUGCUGUGGUUGUUCUUGUCAAGGUGUCCUGAGAGCGCAAAGGAUGAAUUGCAAGGUGUGGAUGUGUUGUUAAGCAUCCUUUUUUCCCAUCAGAGACCAAUUAUGGGGACAAAUGCUGAGCACAUGAGCUGGUCAGGCCAGGGGGUCGCAUCCUGUCGGUGCCAGCUCAGGGCGCUCCCCCGCCUUGGGGCAAGAGGCCCUGGGGCUCCCAGGGGGCUCCCAGGGACACCCGCCCUCCCGGAGCUGCAGCAUGGCCAUGCCAGCCCCUCGCUGACAGAAAGCCAUCCGGUGUCCCCCCGCACCCACCUCGAGACAAGCUGUGCUGCCAUGUGGAGGUGACUCGGUAUUUGCUUCAAGUUCUUCUGUAUUAUAGUUAAAAUAUCUUUCAGUUUCAUACAAAAAUGUUUAAAUACACACCUUGAAUGACUGUAAUUGGAUGGUUCUGAAAGUUCAACACACAGCGCAAGUCAAGCAGAGAAAUUAUCCAAGUGUGAAAGACUAUGUGAACUGUCAAGUUAAUUUAUAACCCUUUUCAAGAUCAAUAACUACAGUAACAAAAAUAUAAUUUUCAGAAAUUGCACAGUUGUAAAUAAUUAUGCCGAUGAUUUCUCUAGCUUGAAUUAAAAUUGAUGGGGCAGUAAUGAUUCUGCACCAGAAACCAUAUUCUAACCUGAAACAGGCCCUGCAAAUCUGACACUCGGUCCCCUGAGAGGCGGGUGCUCUCCUGGGCGCGAGCGGGACGGGGCACAGCCACUGGCAGCACUUCCCAGAGUCCUGUUUGUGCCAAGCAUCGUGUGAUCAUCAAGUAUUUUAAUCUUUUUAGAAUAUCUGGCUCAUUAGGCUUCGUCUCGCCACGCAGGAGGGGUGGCUGGCCUGCGCUGCCAGGGUGCCCUCGGGGCCCCGCUGCCGGUCUCUCGCUCGGGGCGACCGCUGCCGCCUGUGCCGGCGGGGACGUGUCCCGUGGACCGGAGGGGGAAGCCGGGGCACAGCGGGGCCCCUGCGAGUGCCAGGAUGGUCCGGCUUCUCCUUCAGGACGCGUUUACUGACACCAGGAAUUGCGGGUAUGAGGGCGGGCGAGGGGCUCUGCUGCUGCCCUGCAAAGCCCCAACGUGACAAGCGCCUCCAGUAACCACGUGCUCACGUGGAAUUUGUUUUGUACAAACACUUUGGGAAUGAGAAGCAACACGGAAAAAUAACUGCAGUGCCUGAUGGGCUCAUAGAGUGCAGCACUUAUCUGGCACUCCACAUCUUCAAAGUACUUCAAGAAACACCAACUAAUUAAUCCUUGGAAUAACCCCUGUAAAGCAGAACAGCGUUAUCUUCAUUUGGUGACAAACGCUCAGACAAAACCCCCAUGUUUGAUCAUUAAAAGUGGUUCGACUCUGAGCAGGCUGAAGGCAGCUUGGGCGAAGGCGGUGGUCCGGCGCAGACCCCAGCGAGCCCCCGGCUCCCCGGCUUGUGACAGGGGAGCGGUGGCAGGACCGUGGGCGCUCGUCCCCGCGGCUCGUCCCCACGCUGCCUCCUGGGAUGGGGUUCAGCCCCACUCGGCACCGUCUCACCCCACUGCAGGUGAGUCUCUGCCAUCGUCUGGCUCAACAGAGGACUGUGCGGAGCGAGCGACCUCAGAGGGAGCCCGGGGGGCUCUGCUGCACGAUAGCGCACCGAGGAGGGGGCUGUUCAUGGGAGGGAAAAGCAGCAGAGAUGCAGGGGCAGUUCGUAUUCGCCGUGGCGUGGAAACGCACCCGCUCUGCUGCGGGGUCCUGCCCCGAUGCCCCGGCCACCCCCCGGGCACCUCGCAGGCUCCGCUGCUCCCACGCGCAGGAGGCCACCUCCCGCCAGGCCUUACUGACUUAUUUUGUUCUUGUUUAAAUAUUUAUCUACC